CGUGACGGUUGACCGAGAAAGCGAAACAGAUCAGCACAUUUGAUUACCGGGUUGCAGUUCUCAUCUCCCUUCGUCGCCGUCGCAAAUGGUGGAGAGCAAGCAUCAACGGCGUACGAUGGAGGACACCGCUCAAGGGAAUUCGAGCGCCGUCCUCGAGGAGAUUUUCUACGUGACGUCGAAGAAGAACACGUAUUACAAGGUGAAGCUGACGGAGAAGGGUCUGAGUUUGCAGAAGGAGCACAACGGUGCCACGAAGACCGAGACGAUCGCCCUGUGCGACAUAAUCGGUUGCAGGUGCAUGCGCUCGAAGCGCAGGAACGCUGGCAGUUGCGCCUGUCGACCGGGCGCGUCCAAGUCACAGCUGAAGUUAGUCGAGUCGGCCGAGAUUUAUCAGCACUACGAUGAGCACGACACGUCCGCAUAUCUGUACAUAUACGCAUACACGCUGAAAAAGAUGAGGGUGAAGAGUGCGCUCAGACGCGAACGCACCACCAUCACCCUGCGUUUCCGCAGCUUCGAUAAAUACGAGGAUAAUCUGCGUGAGGCGAGCAGGUGGCGGUUGGCCAUCAAAUGCCUCGUUGCCAAUGUGCCGGUGCCGAAGAAUCUGAUGAGCCCCAGCCACGGCAAUCUGGAGACAUUGAUCGGGGCGUGUCCAGGCGAGAAUCGGAAACUUCUGGUUCUGUUGAAUCCGAAGUCGGGAGCUGGCAGGGGUAGAGAAGUUUUCCAGAAAAGGAUUCAUCCGAUCCUUUCGGAAGCGGAGAGAUCUUACGAGAUCCACAUCACCAAGCAUCAUAAUUACGCCCGCGAAUUUAUCCGCACGAAGGACAUCUAUCAAUGGAGCGGCUUGCUAAUGGUCGGCGGCGACGGAAUCGUUUUCGAAGUGGUGAACGGGCUUUUCCAAAGGCCCGAUUGGGAGAGAGCCUUACGCGAAUUACCACUCGGCAUCAUACCGUGCGGUUCCGGAAACGGCUUGGCGAAAUCCAUCGCUUACGCCAAGGAAGAACCGUACGACCGUAAUCCUUUACUUAUCAGCGCGUUAGCGGCGGUGAAAUGCAAAAAAUCGCCGAUGGAUCUCGUACGUGUAGAAACUAGGAAUCAGAUACUGUUUUCAUUCCUGUCGGUAGGCUGGGGUCUACUCGCCGACAUUGACAUCGAAAGCGAGCGACUGCGCGCUAUUGGAGGGCAAAGGUUUACCGUAUGGAGUGUGGCGCGUCUAAUAGGAUUGCGAACGUAUAAGGGCAAAGUCUCGUACAUACCUUGCAGCAAAGUUCCUUCGUUGGAAAGCACGGGAGGCGGCAAGAUUUAUUGCGGAGAAUAUCCUACGGAUAACAUAUUGUCGCAUUCGAGAAGCUACGGCGAUGAACUAGAUAGGUACUGCAAUGAACCUGUACCAAGGAGCUUUUACAAUUGCUUGGGUGAAUCAUCGAACGAUUUGAACGGUUGCGACGACAAUGACGUGAUAACUGAAAAUCUGGCGCUGGAGACCGAGACUGAAAGAAGACGCAGACUCGACAGUUUCUACUCCGCAACAUCCGCGAAGUCAACUUAUUUCAGCACGGGUUCGGCCUCGAGCUAUCACAGUAUCAAUGACGACGAUAGCGCAGAAAUCAGUCCGGAGAACAUUUGUAACAACCAACUUAUGUAUGGACCAUCGUCUACGAUUCCAGCACUUACUUCACAAUUGUCAAACAACAGCUGGACAACAGUUCAAGGGGAAUUCGUAAUGGUACACGCAGCUUAUCAGACACAUUUGGGACAGGAUUAUUUCUUCGCGCCACACGCUGCAUUAGCAGACGGAGUUAUUUGGCUUUUAAUAGCUAAAGCCGGCAUAACCCGAGCCAAUUUAGUGCAAUUUUUGUUAGGCCUGAGUAACGGGACACAUCUUGCCUGCCCUGGCGUUGAUAUGAUACCUGUGAAGGCAUUCCGGAUAGAGCCUAUGGAAGGAACGAACGGGCAUAUAACUGUGGACGGCGAAGAAGUGGACUACGGACCGUUGCAAGCUGAGAUAUUCCAUUCUCUAGCAUCAGUAAUGACACCCUGACACAAAUGAUGAUGAUCAUGUGUAUUUAGAAGUGAUACCGGCAACAAAAUCAAAUAAUUCCCAUUGGAUGAUGAGUGCAGGAUUCUUUCUAGAGCAUAGUUCGUGAAUUAGUUACCAGUGAUAACACCAACUUGUUAAUAUGUAUUAAUACAAAUGUAUCUGUUAAGGUCGUUUGGGAUUGUAAAUUUUUGACAAUCUAUGUAGGCUGUUGAAGAUUCAACGAAUAGUCUUUCAAUAGGCUCGUUAAGAAUUCUUUCUUCCAUCUUCAUAAUGAAGAUGUCGAUAAAUAUAUAUAAAUAAUUAAUUUAUUAAUUUAGAAUUGGACGAGUUCAAUCUGUUGCGUCCUAAUAAAUAACAUUUAGCUAUUUUGUAAAAUUUUUUAUCAGUUUGUACAGUGUAUCUUGUUACAUAUACGCGCACACGCGUGACAUACUGAAAUCGUUUGUGCUUCGUAUUACGCGUAAGAUACUAUAUUUUGUUAGUAUUUAAAAUUACUUAUAUUUUUUUAUAUACAAAUCUUUUGCUGGUUGACGCGAAUUAAUUUGGACGCGUCAGGAAUAAAAUUUAAAAAAUUUUAUUGUUCUAUGUUUGUAUGCGUUUGUGUAAAUUACAUUUAUGCGUAAUAAAGUGAUCUUGCAUUGUUCGAUAA